CUUGGUCGCUUCCAUUCCAUGACCGUUUGAUAUCUUAUCCCACUGGAAAUGGCUAGUGAUGGACUAUGCAAUAAAAGUAAAGAAUAUCCUCAGGUAGGCUUCAGCUAGAUAUCAUUGGUGAGAAGCUUUGAGUUUAAAACUGGCCAUUGAGAGGGAUGAGCCAGGAAAGAAUAAACAAAAUCCUUAUGGCAUUCUUAAAGCUUCCUUAUUCCCCCUUCUUUUACUCUGCUUUUACCAUGUUAGUGCUGAAUUUGUCGAUGGCGUCUGAUACCUUAAGUUCAGGUCAGUCCAUUAAAGAUGGAGAGAAAUUGAUCUCUUCAGGCCAAAGCUUUGAGCUUGGCUUUUUCUCUCCUGGCAACUCUACGAACAGGUACUUUUGCAUAUGGUACCAGAUCACUCCGGAAACUGUUGUUUGGGUUGCCAACAGGGACAAUCCACUCACUGAUUCACACGGAGUUCUCACAUUUAGCCAUGAUGGAGAUCUAGUUCUUGUCAAUCAAUUGAAGAGGGUCGUCUGGUCUUCGAAUUUGUCCAGGGUUCUGAAAAACCCAGUUGCCCAGCUCUUAGACACUGGGAAUCUUGUUGUUAGAGAGCAUACUAAUUUAAAUUCUGAUAACUAUUCAUGGCAGAGUUUUGAUCAUCCGUCCGACACUUUACUACCCAGUAUGAAAAUAGGGUGGGACUUGAAAAUCGGUUUAGAAAGGCGUCUGACAUCUUGGAAAAGCAUGGAUGAUCCUUCCUCUGGAGACUAUAGUUACAGGUUGAACAUUCAUGGGUUGCCUCAAUAUGAACUCGUCAGCUUAGGAUCUGGCAAGAAAUAUCGGACAGGACAGUGGAACGGACUACAAUUCAGUGGUUCUUCAAUGGCACCGAGUGAAGUGGGGACGGAUGUGUUCUUCUAUGGUGAAAAUGAAAUAUAUUCUGUAUAUGGAGCCAGAAAAAGUAAAUUUAUCCUAAGAGUAGUUGUAAACCAUUCUGGGUCGAUCCAGAUCUAUGUCGCAAGUAAAAGAAGCAAUGCCUGGAAUAUCAUGUACUCGUCACCCAACGAUAAAUGUGAUACUUAUGGUACUUGUGGAGCCAACAGUAUCUGUAGAAUUAACAGAGAUCCAAUAUGCGAUUGCUUGAAGGGGUUUGUACCAAAGUCCCCAGAAGAAUGGGGUCUCCUCAAUUGGUCAGGUGGAUGCACGAGAAGAAUACCAAUAAAUUGUUCGAAGGAAGAAGGCUUCCUCAAACUUGCAAAAGUUAAACUUCCUGACAUGUUGAAGUUCUGGUUGAACAAGAGCAUGGGCCUUGAGGAAUGCCAGGUGGAGUGCUUAAAGAGCUGUCCAUGCACUGCUUAUGCUAAUUCAGAUGUUAGAAGAGGAGGUAGUGGCUGUAUCCUGUGGUUUGGAAGCCUAAUUGACAUUAAGGAGUAUGAAGAAGAUAACCAUGGGCAAACUCUAUACAUCCGCCUACCAAAAUCUGAACUGGAUUUCCUUCAUAAUUCUGACAAGAAGAAAAGGGUGGUCAUCCUCGUAUUGGUGUCAGCUAUUGCUGCUUUGUUUCUAUCAGCCGUGGUGUACUUCCAUUGUAUCAGGAAUUGCCGAAUAAAGAGCAAAGGUUGGAAAGUCAAGGAGGAAGAUGUUGAUUUGCCACUUUUUGAUCUGGCUACCAUUGUUAAGGCUACGGAUGGUUUCUCUGAGGACAAUCUGAUUGGAGCUGGUGGCUUUGGCCCAGUUUACAAGGGCAAUCUUUUCACAGGACAAGAAGUAGCAGUGAAGAGACUGUCAAGAAACUCAGGACAAGGUCUUGAAGAGUUCAAGAAUGAAACAAUUCUGAUAGCCAAACUUCAACACCGGAAUCUUGUGGGGCUUCUGGGUUGUUGCAUGGAGAGGGAGGAAAGGAUUUUGGUCUAUGAGUACAUGCAAAACAAGAGCUUGGAUUGUUUUAUCUUUGAUCGUGAAAGAUGCUUAUUGUUAGACUGGGAAAAACGAUUUGACAUUAUCAUUGGGAUUGCAAGAGGUCUUCUCUAUCUCCACCAUGAUUCUAAACUUCAAGUAAUUCACCGGGAUCUCAAAGCUAGCAACAUAUUGUUGGAUGGCAGCCUAAGCCCAAGAAUCUCAGACUUUGGGUUAGCAAGAAUUUUCGCACAUGAUGAGAAAGAAGCAAAGACAAAGAGAAUUAUAGGAACUUAUGGCUAUAUGUCCCCUGAGUAUGCCUUCGAUGGAAAAUUCUCUGUGAAAUCUGAUGUCUUUAGCUUUGGUGUGAUGCUGUUAGAGAUUGUAAGUGGCAAAAGAAACAGAGGAUUCUGUCACCCAAAUCAUCAUCAUAACCUUCUUGGACAUGCAUGGUUGCUUUGGAGUGAAGACAGAGCCAUGGAACUCAUUGAUGGGUGCUUGUGUGAUUCGGUUGAACCUCAAGUAAAAAGAUGCAUCCAUGUCGGCUUGUUAUGCGUGCAGAAGUUCCCCAAUGAUAGACCAGCGAUGUCCUCUGUAGUUGCCAUGUUAGGAAAUGAAAGUGCAAGCUUGCCUCCACCUAAACAUCCUGGUUUCUUUAUGGAAAGAAGUUCAAUGGACUUAAGCACAACCCGGAUGCAUGAAGAACUCCAUUCUGUCAAUGUAGUCACGGUGACGAGGUUGGAUGGUCGAUACGGACGACGAAACUGCAAUUUUCUCUUGGACCUGAAAGGAAUGGUGGAGGAAGGUGAUGUGGGCCCAACAUUGGUGGGACUUUCUUGUUAUAAUGCAGGCCUUGAACCUUUGAGUUUAAAACUCGUCAUUGAAAGGGAGGAGCCAGGGGAAAAAUUUACAGAAGGCUUUAUGGCAUUGGAAAAGCUUACUCAUUUCCCCCUCUUUUUCUCUGCUUUUGUCAUGGUUGUGCUGAACCUCUCGACCGCAUCUGAUACCAUAAGGUCAAGUGAGUCCAUUAAAGAUGGAGAGAAAUUGGUCUCUUCAGGCCAAAUCUUUGAGCUUGGCUUCUUCUCUCCGGAAAACUCCAAGUACAGGUACUUGGGGAUAUGGUACAAAUUUAGCCCUGAAAAAGUCGUUUGGGUCGCCAACAGAAACAAGCCCCUCACUGAUUCAGAUGGUGUUCUCACAUUUAGCGAGGAGAGGAAUCUAGUUGUUCUCAACCGAUCAAAGACUGUCGUCUGGUCUUCAAAUUCCUCCACGGUUUUAAGAAACCCGGUUGCACAGCUAUUGGAUUCGGGUAACCUUGUCGUUUCAGAGAAUAUCAGUUCAGGUUCUGGUGAAUAUUCAUGGCAGAGCUUUGACUAUCCAACUGACACCCUUUUAGCUGGUAUGAGAAUAGGACGGAGCCUCAAAACUGGUUUCGAAUGGCAUCUGACUUCUUGGAAAAGCACGGAUGAUCCUUCCUCUGGAGACUACACCUACGGGAUAAAAUUCAAUGAGGUGCCCGAAUUUGAAGUGCUCAAACGAGGCUCCACAAAAACAUUUCGAACAGGGCCAUGGAAUGGAUUCUGUUUCUCGGGAUUUUCAAUGACUGAGAGUACCCUUUUCAAGCCAACGUUUGUUUACAAUGAAACAGAUGUAUAUUUGAAGUUUGAAUCUUCAGGGGAUGAUAUCACCACCAUAAUCACAUUGAAUCAGUCUGGUCUUGUGCAACAUCUUUUAAGGAAGAAAGAGAGCUCUGCAUGGGAUGUCACAAUCUCAUUUCCCCGUGAUCCAUGUGAUAACUAUGGAAAGUGUGGUGCUAAUGGUGUCUGCAGAAGUAACAAAGACCCUAGAUGCCAGUGUUUGCAGGGUUUCAUGCCCACGUCCCAAGAAGAGUGGCAAGUAACUAAUCCAACCAGGGGAUGCAUUAGGAAAGCUCAAUUAAAUUGCUCUCAGGAAGAGGGCUUCCUGAAACUUUCAAUGCUGAAACUGCCCGACCUGAUAGACUUUUGGGUAAACAAAAAUAUGAGCAUUGAGGAAUGCAAGGCAGAGUGUCUAAAGAACUGUUCUUGUACAGCUUAUGCUAAUUCAGAUGUUAGAAGAGGAGGAAGUGACUGUUUCAUGUGGUUCGGCGAUCUCAUUGAUAUUAGAGAAUCUGAACAAGUCAACUAUGAACAAGAUGUCUACAUAAAAUUACCUGCUUCUGAGUUAGAUUCCAUCCACAGCCCUGCCAAUAAGAAAAUACUGUUGAUUGCCACAGUGGCUUCAGUCAUUUGUGGAUUGUUAAUAGCCGGUAUAGCAUUGAGUAUAAUGUGGAAGAGCAGAAUCAGAAGAAGAGGCUUGCAAUGUCAGAAGGAAGAAAUUGAUUUACCAUCAUUUGAUUUUUCUAUCAUUGCUGUUGCUACCGGACAUUUCUCACAGACCAACAUGAUUGGAGCGGGUGGCUUUGGUUCAGUGUACAAGGGAAAUCUCUCCACGGGUCAAGAAAUAGCAGUGAAGAGGCUGUCCAGAAGUUCAAGACAAGGUCUCGAAGAGUUUAUGAAUGAAGUACUCCUAAUUGCCAAACUUCAGCAUAGGAAUCUUGUCGAACUUCUUGGCUAUUGCAUCGAAGGAGAAGAAAGAAUGUUAAUAUAUGAGUACAUGCCAAAUAAAAGCUUGGAUUAUUUCAUCUUCGAUGAUGACAGAAGCUUCUUGUUAGCAUGGAAAAGUCGCUUUGACAUAGCUCUAGGAAUUGCCAGAGGACUUCUGUAUCUUCAUCAGGAUUCGAAACUACAAGUCAUUUAUAGAGAUCUCAAAACAAGCAAUAUAUUGUUAGAUGCUGACCUCAAUCCUAAAAUCUCAGACUUUGGCCUUGCAAAAAUCUUUGGAGGCCAUGAAAGAGAAGCAAGAACAAAAAGAAUCAUUGGUACCCAUGGCUAUAUGUCUCCGGAAUAUGCUUUUGAUGGAAAAUUCUCCGUGAAAUCCGAUGUUUUUAGCCUUGGUGUACUUUUGCUAGAGAUAGUAAGUGGCAAAAGGAACAGAGGAUUCUGCCAUCCUGAUCAUGAACACAACCUUCUGGGGCAUGCAUGGUUGUUGUGGAGCGAAGGCAGGUCCUUGGAGCUUCUACAUGAAUCCCUACGCAACUCCUUCAUCACAUCCCAAGUAGAGAGAUGCAUUCAAGUCGGUUUGGUAUGCGUCCAAAAGUGUCAUGACGAUAGGCCAACAAUGUGUUCAGUCAUUUUCAUGUUAGUGAAUGAGGAAGCAAUCGUGCCACAACCUAAACAGCCGGGGUUCUUUAAGGAGAGAGGUCUGUCGAGCACAGAGGCAUCUUCAACAAGGGAAGAAUCUUGCACAGGGAAUAUUGUUACAAUCACCAUGCCAGAAGGUCGAUAAACUUCCCAUCGAGGAAGUUCCCUGCACUGUGGAAUUCAGAGAAGUUUUCUCGGUGAAUGAAGGGAGAAAGGAUCAGAAGAUGGUCUCCGAUCACUACAAUCUUCAACGUGGGAAAGUUGCAGUGACCUGCACUUUGAUGUUGCUUCAUCAGGUUUUAAAAUUUUAGAAAACAUUACUAAACAUUCUGAAAAGUUUCUGAAGGCAUACAUGCAGUUGCCUCUUCCAUGAAUCUGUGAUAUUUGUGUUCGCAAAUCUGUCGCCGCCUUGCAGAUGGAGGACUGGUUAACGCGAGACUAGGGCUACAGCAAAGGAUUCUCGUUUUCAUUCAGUGGGUCAAGCAACUUGUUAUGGGCCUUUCAAAAAAAUAAAUUGAGCCAGUGA